AUGACCCUGCGUCCUUCCACUGCUCCACAGCGCGUCCCUCUGCCGUCUCCUACUGCGUCCUCUCUUCCUGACGUUGCUGACCCGCCGUCAGACCUUACUCGUGCUGCCAGUCCUACUGUCGCGCGUCUCCUUGCCACUGUUGUCACUGACCCUACCUUUGAGUCCUCUGCUGCGUCUGCUCUAGUCACUGAGCUUGUUGACUUUGCUGCCGCCUGUCGUCUAGACUACGCCGCUAGCCUUGUUGCUGAGUCUGAGUCUGUCUGUCCUCCGUCCGUCGGGGGUGAGUGUGCUCUUGGCACGGACGUCCUUGAGGACAGACAGGAGGAGUUUGAGUGCUUUGCUGCUACUUUACCUCAUCUCGUGUCCAUGCUGAUUGCCCCUGAGGGAGACCCGGAUGCACCAGACAUCCCGACCCCACGCUCCUAUGCAGAGGCGAUGGAGGGUCUCUACUCCUCUCAGUGGCAGACAGCCAUGGACGCAGAGAUGGCUUCCUGGAAGUCCACAGGCACCUACGUCGACGAGGUUCCCCCACCUGGGGCGAACAUCGUCAAUGGCAUGUGGAUUUUCAGGGUGAAGCGGCCGCCGGGUUCUCCGCCUGUCUUCAAGGCGCGUUACGUUGCACGAGGCUUCAGUCAGCGAGAGGGAGUUGACUUCUUCCAGACCUUCUCCCCGACCCCGAAGAUGACCACUCUUCGGGUUCUGCUGCACGUCGCUGCUCAGCGUGACUACGAGCUCCACUGCCUUGACUUCAGCACUGCGUUCCUACAGGGCACCCUGCACGAGGAGAUCUGGCUGCGCCGCCCACCUGGCUUCACUGGGUCGUUCCCUCCUGGUACCCAGUGGAGCCUCCGGCGGCCAGUCUACGGUCUCCGCCAGGCACCCCGUGAGUGGCACGACACACUGAGGACUACUCUUGCUGCUCUGGGGUUUGCUCCUUCUACUGCUGACCCGUCGCUGUUUCUACGCACCGACACCACUCUGCCGCCGUUCUACGUUCUCGUGUACGUAGACGACUUGGUCUUUGCUACUGCUGACACUGAGGCACUCGCCCACGUGAAGUCGGAGCUGCAGAAGAGACACACGUGCACAGACCUGGGUGAGCUGACAAGCUAUCUUGGCUUGCGGAUCACCCGGGACAGAGCACAGCGCACCAUCACCUUGACUCAGUCACACAUGGUGCAGCAGGUCCUUCAGCGCUUCCGCUUCACGUACUCCUCGCCUCAGCCCACUCCUCUGCCUACCGGUCACUCGCUCUCAGCUCUGCCUUCGGAUGAGUCCUUAGAGCCGAGUGGCCCGAGCUUCGCUGGCUCACCUACCUGCUGA